GCAACACGCUUUUUGUAGGAAGCGAAACACGGAUCAGCGCACUUCAUUGUUGUUGCUGCAGCACCUCAACGUCCAUUUAGACUCCGUUUCUUCUCUCACAUCGCUCACAGACACACACACACACACACGCAUGACGCUGGACACGGAGCACGAGGUCGCCUGUCAGGGCUGCGGCACGACCACCACGACCGCCUUCCAGUGCCCGCUCUGCCAGGCGGAGGGCGCCACCGACCGCGGCUUCUUCUGCUCGCAGAAGUGCUUCGCGGAUAACUGGCUGGAGCACCGCAACACGCUGCACAGCAGCGGGGUGGUGCGAGAGCGCAAGCCGGCGGCCGCCGCAGCGGCAGCGGCAGAGGCGACGGAGGUGGUCGUUGAAGGCCACAAGUCGAAGCGAGAUAAGAAGCGCGCGCGGGACACCGCGGACGACGGCGAUGGGAAAGAGGGGAACGGCGGCGAAGAGCUGUCUGCGGCGCAGAGUGCGGCGGUGUUUCCGCCGUGGCCGGCGCUGCCCUCCGCCGCCGCGUGUGCGGAGCAUCACUGGGCCGUUGUGGCGCCUGCCCUCCCGCUCGACGUGCCGCGCGCCGUCGUACGUCCCUCUGCGGCCGCGGCGGCCACGACCGAUCAAAACCCAUCCGCUGCUCGCGACGAAGGCGAUUACGUGUGGUCGGCCUUGUUGGCCGCCGCGCAGUAUACAGCGGCGUCCAUCCAGUCACAUGCGUCGAUGCAGGUGCUCGUGGUAGCCGGUGACGUGUACAGCGCCCACGCCUUUGCCUGGGCGGCGCGCUGCGUUGGACUGACCGGCAUGCUGCAUCUCGCCGUGGCGAACCUCCCCCCCUCGCGUGGCGCCGGCGAUGAGACGGAAAGUGCAGAGGAGGCGCUGCGCCGCACUCCGUCCAAGUACUUCACCUCGCACAAGCGCGUGGUGAUUGCGACGUCGGCGGUCGUGCGUGCGACGGCGUCGGCCGUCAGCGGUGCGGCCUCGCUGUGGCUGACCGGGAAGCCGGCGCACUCGCUGCUGCUGACGCUGCCGGAUGUGGUGGAGCCGGCGGAUCUGCAGGGCGUGCAGACGCGUGCCGUGUUCUUCACCGGCCCGAACGGCACGGGCGAGGCAGAAGAGGAGGCGACAACGAUCGAUGCAUCGGCAGAUUACACCUACACGAACGUGGAGGUGAAGUGCGAGGACGGUGCGCCGCUGCUGUGGCGGCCCGUGACGCUGCCGGCUCCCGGCAUGUCCGCCGCGGCUGCUGCGCACAGAGACGAAGGCAGCGGCGCGCAGCACGACGAUGCGGCGCCGCCACCGCCGCACAACGCCGUCGUGCACGACGCGCGUCACCUCAGCCCGAAAAACGAACCUGCUGCGCGCCUCGACGACGAGGUCAGCACCUGCUUCGCCAACGGCGACGUCACCGGCGCGUUGCACCGUCUCGUGCGCCGCUAUCAGCGCCUGCCCGGCCACUUCGAGUCGACGCUGUUCUACCUGCUGUGCUGCAACUGGGGCGCCGCAGGCGUCGCGCACGCCCAUCACCGUCUCGCCCACAUCGCACGCUUCUUUGCCGAUCAGUCGACCCGGUUCGAUGCGAAGAAGACGGUGGCGCUGGUCGACGCCGCGCUGCGGGCCGUCGCGGCGGUGGUACGGCUGCUGCCCCGCCUGAAGGACGACGUCGCGGAGGCAGCCGUCGCCGCCGCCUCACGGGGGAGUGCGAGCAAGAGGAGGAAGACGCAACGGAAUGAAUCGGCCUCUGCUGCCACGCCGACGCUCGCGAGCACCACACGUCCGCAGCUCCCCAUCGCGGAUGCGAGUGCGCCGUCCGCUGGGGAGGUGGCCCGGCUGGCGAACUACUACACCAGCCUGCCCAACCUGCAGCUGCAGGCGACUGUCUGCCACCUGUUCACCGUUGCCUCCGCGGCGACGCUGGAAACGUUUGCGCGGGCGUGGGGCUUGUACCGCUACCUUCCCGGUCCGUCGAGUCUCGCCAGGGUGGAGAAGGCACGCAAUGCGGCUGUGCUGCGCGUGCGGCAGCGCUACUCCACCAAGCUGGGCGCCGACAGCGCCGCGUAUCUCACGACGUUGAUGCAGCUGAUCUACGACGCCGUCGGCCCGUAUUCGCUCAGCGUGGACGAGGUCCGCCGCCGGCUGCAAUGGGAUGUGACGCUGGCGUACGACGUCGGCUCGCUGGAAAGCUAUCUGCAGUGCUGUGCUUUGCUGCCAAAUGCAGAAGGUUUGCUGCUGCCCACGACGAAGAAGCAGCAGAUUCAAAAGGUCGCGUCGACACCCGCCGCUAACGCCACUGCCGCGUCAGGUGCAGCGUCGUCGUCUUCUGAGUCUGCGGCUGCGGCAGCGGCAGCGGGAGGGGGUGGCGCAUACGGCGGCGGGCGCGGUGUGGUGUCGCUGUCAAGCCGGCAGCCGCUGCACCGCGCCACGCAGCGCGAGACACCGCGCUCCCGCACCGAGAAGCUGCGCGGUUUUGCGGUCAAGACGGCCACCACCGCCGCGGACAACGACUACGGCUUCCUCGAGCUUCCGUGGAGGCCGUUUCCGAUUUCCGGCGAGCGUCAGCGGCGGGUGGACCGCCUCCACAAGUCUGCCGUGGAGGAGGUGCUCAUGGCGAUGCCGCGUGAGCCGCGCCCCCUGUACGUCGGCGACAUCGGCAACUUGAUCGGCAAGUGGGGCGCCUUCAACGCCCGCUUCGACGGCACGUUGGGCGCGACGCUGCAGGUCUUCCUCGAGGCCCACCCCGCCGUCUUCCGCGUGGUGGGCGAGCUCGUCACGCGGCGGGUGGCGGGCACGACGGAGCCGGUCCGCGUCCGGUACGACGCGGAGACGGAGGGCGGCCGCGGCGGCGCCGACAACGACGACGACGGCGGAAGCGGCAGCCGUGCGCAGAAGAACCGCGACCGCCAGCUGCUCACCGGCCAGACGGGUAAGCGGAAGAAAGCCUCCGUUGAGCUGCCGGCGCGGGCCCGCAAGCGGCGCGCCGUGAAGGAGUUCAACAAGAGCCGCUUCAACCGCAACUACAAGUCGGUAGACGCGUCGGCGCGCGUGCCGGGCUACAUCAAACGCGGACCGCGCCGCAUUAAGGGUCGUGGGAAUAAGGCGAAUAAGCGGGUGGUGAAGCGCGGGAGCUAA